AUGGAAAAUGGUAGAAUCAUCCGAAUACAUCCAGGAGGGGGCGGAACUGUAUGCGUGCUAACGGUCAGAGCCUUUACAAGGGCCAAGGUUAAGAGAUCCGUUGUUAAAAUGUGUGUACUUCUCACUGACAAUGACUCAACAGAAGUUGAAAAUCAACAACAUUUCAACGAAGGGGGGGAUGUCACCGUCGCAGUUCCGGUGGUAUGACACGUGUUUACAUACCUAGUGUGAAACGUCGCCGACGGGCAAAAUGCGUAGGUCAAGGCUGUCAUUAUUAUAAUUACCUACCGGCCGUGUACACUCACAACUUAUACACGCACACACAUUUAGUUUAUGUAUAAUUUAACUUUUUUUCAUUAGCAAAAUUAUGUAAUUCACAUAUAUGCAAAUAUUGUACGUCAUUAGAAUCAUUAUCCCCAUGUACGUAGGUCCUGUCUUUUACGUCUGCCGCAUACACGAUACAAAAAGUGUAAUACUUUUUGGUCUCAAGUUUUCUCUAUCUCGUCGCCCAUUGAACAACGGCUGUGACAGACACCAGGCUUUUAUAGGAAAAAGGCUUCAAUACGUAUUAUUGAUUAUUAUUGAAUUGAAACUUCCCUGUGUAACGUUACCAAAACUCGCUGUCAGUUACCAUUCGCUUUUAUCAUUAUUUUUGUAAUUUAGUAUUAUCGUGAAUUGUAAUUUGUAUCUGUAUUUUUAUUUUUUAGGUUUAAGAGGACGUUAUACCCGCAUAGGUUCUCUUGUCUUAAAACCGCGCGAUAUACUAAAUUUGCGUUUUGUAGGGAAAACUUUGUGCCGUUAGUUUUAAUAUGACAGUGAUUGAUCUAUUAUCAAACUCAAAGACAAGAACAUUAUCGUGGUCGUGUCGUAGUUUUAAUUUCCAAGCAAGAUGUAAUUGUGUGAAAUAUCAAGAUUUAAUAUUUUAACACAUUUUACUCCGAUAUUAAAACUAAGGACUCAGAGUAAUUCCUGCUGAACGAAAAUUUGUUAUGGCGUGGGGUUGUAAAAUGGAGAUAGCAUAUGCGGGAAUAAAAUCCUUUUAUCCGAUUUUAGGUUUAAUCAGCGGCUGGCCAGUCUGCACGUCGUGUUAUCUGUGAGUAAAUUAUCUGCCAUUUAUUUAUUAAAUUAAUUGUUUUGUUAUUUUUGUACCUACUUGUACCUAACGGUUUUUCUACCAACUAGUUUUUUUUUUUUUUUUUGUUGUGUAUUUGUAUAUUUAAAUAUUAUUGUUACUACCAAUAUUUUGUUACCAUUUUUCUAUCUAUAAAAAAAAAAAGACGGACAUACUUCGCACGAUGGGUGCAGCCACUGUUGUUGGUGAGAAGUUGGGAAUGUAGGAUAUAGAGGGGAAAUUAAUUUUUGUCUGUAAGCAACGAUUAACCAUUGCUAACGUAAAAACGAUUCUGAGCGGAGUUCAGCUGAUAGUGAUGCUUUGUCAACAAUAUGUAUAUCAUAUUAUGGUAAAAUAAUUAAAUAUAAUUAUAAUAUAAUUUAAUAAAUAUAAUUAAGCAUUAUAUAUUUACAUAAAUAAUAUUUGUUUACUAUGGUAAUGAUUUUCCCGUUUUUUUCUACCUUUUUCUCGGUUUUUACAUUUGUUAGGAAAGCUCUUGGGAAAAUCGAAAAAUGAUCCUUCUCAAGUACCUCCCCAGUCUGAUUUUCCUCAAAAAAAGUGCUACACUUAAAAAUCGGAGCAAGAUUUCUGAUAGAAAAGUUUGCAUAACAAAUCGAGGGGUAUUUUUCGAUUAAAAUAAUUCAAGCAAGCGAUAGCAGGGUUCCUAGGUACACCUAAAAUGCACAUGUUUGUUCCUUAUUUAGGUAAAAGGGAAAAAUAAGUGCGAACAAUUUUUUUCAAAACACGGGUUUGAACUCAUUACUUUUAGGAUAACAAUAGGUAUGUAUAAUUAUUAGGCUACGACAGACUUACUCUAAACAAGACAAUAUAGAGUUAUUUAACAUAACAUAUAAUGUCCUCAUAAUAUCAGAAUUUCAAAAAGCAAUAAUUUUAAAACUCCGAUCAAUUCUGAAUUCACCAUCGUUCUUAAAUUGGAAAUAUAAAAAUUAUAUUAAAAAAAAAAAAAAAAAAAAAAAAUUGAAAAAUAUAAUUGUUCCACAUAAUUUUUUACUCGAACGAUUUCGGCAAAAUUUGAUAUUAAAAUUCCUUUAUAAAAAAAAAAUACUACAUUAACGAUUUUUUUUUUUUAAAUAACUUAUAAAACUCGCAAAAUUAAAAUACCUAUAAAUAGCCCAAAAAUGGCUUAAAUUUUUUGAAAAUUUUACCACUUCUAGAUUAGGCAAAUGGCAAGUUUUCCGUUCAAACUUCAAGUAAGUUUCUACGAAUAUUUUAAAUUGAAUUACAACAAAUAACAAAAUUGAAAAAUAAUAAAAGCAUUAUUUUCGUAAAUUUCCAGUUUUUCUUAAGUUUUAUUCUGGUUUUUUCAAGAUAUUAUGAAAACCGCUUGGAAAAUCAAAAAAUUACCUCCCAAAGGUACCAUCUGGAUAAUAUUCCUUUCUAAAAUGGUGCCGCUCGUACUUAUCGGAGCAAGAUUUCUGGUAGAAUUUUUGUGCAUAGUAUAAAAAAAAAAAAUAAAUAAACAUUUUAGUAAAACCAAUACAUUCUUCGCUACACUCAAAAUCUAAAAUAGUUAUAAAGUUAUAUACAACUAUCCAUCUCACCACUGUUUUUGCCCGGCGAACCUGAUCACUUCCAGUUGAGUGCUAUACACACAGUAUGCACGUGCAUAAUCCCGGUCGGUCGAUUAUACGCGUGAAAUAAAUGGUGUCCGGGUUACGUGAAGUUUGUACUCAGCUUCCGGCCCGUACAAUAAGACUUACGAAAUAAACACCGUCAACACUGUGCCGCAGGUUAAGUUUUUCCAUGCAUAAUUAUUUUAGAAUCUAAGAGUAGCAAGGAAUAAGUUUGGAAUCUAUAUUUUUGAUUUGUGUUUUCGUUUUGUAAACAAUUUUUCUACCAGUAAUUUAUCACAUGAUGAUUUGUCGUUGCGUAUAGUAAUAAAUUAAAAAACUUUCUGUAUUAUACCUUCCCAAUUUACCACCUACAACAGUGGCGCAUCCAUCGGAAGUACCAGCUAUUUUUAAUUUUUAAUUUUCUUUGGUGUUGUCCUAAUAAUUGGGAAAAACUAUAUUUUUAAAAAUUAUUUUCAAAUUUGUUUUUUUGUUGUAAUCCGGUUAAAAACGAUUGCAGAGUUAUGUGAUUUGUACGAAAUAUUUUUUAUUAGCUAUUUUUAGACGUGGUAAAAUGUUACAACACAUUUAGGCGUUUAUUGAGCAGUUUAUAGCUAUUUGAAAAUUUCAAGUUUGAUAAGUGUUUAUUAGUUUUUAUGUGGAUAUAACUGUUUCGGUUAAGCAAAAAUGUUUGACAACUUAACACGAAGUUCACCAUAAGUUGUAGUUGGUGGUUAAAGAAAAGUUGAGCAUAAUGUUGGUAGUAGUUUUUUUCGAUAAGUAUUUUAAGAUGACAUUUUGACGAAAAUCGCAAAUAUUACGGCAUUUCAAAACAUCUAUAAUCGACAUUUGUUAGCAAAUAUAAUCAAAAUAUUGCGUUUUUUUUUGUAUUAUACCAUUACUAAAUGAAUAUAUUACAUACAAUUGCGCAAGUAAGUUAAUUUUAAAAAGUUGUUAAAUGUCUAAAAAUGGAGUCUGUUUAUAGUUAUGGACACUAAGUUUAAAGACAAUUUAUUCAUAUUACUGAAUACCGAAGAAUAAUGAUUUCAUAUUCAGGUGAGUAAAAAAAUAAAAAUACACGUUGACGUGAUCCAUGAUACUACGUAACAUUGCAGAUGUUUUUUGAACGCGGCCUGUGUUCAAUUUUUAAAUUGCAUUGGAAUGGCAUUUUUUUUUCAAAAAUCAUAGUUUUCCAUAGCCAUACAGAAUCUUUUCAAUUAUUUCGAAAGAAAUACAAACUAUAAUGAUUAAUAUUUACUAUAACAAGAAUAAAUGACUGUUGUAAAUUGCUUUUUAUUUUUCAAAUAAUUUAUGUAAGGAUCACACCAUCGCACCUUAGCACUGCUCGCCAUUGUAUUGCAUUAACAAAUAUUUAACAACUUUUUCUGAAUCGUAGUAUUAGAAUUUAUUUACUAAUGAUUUAUACAUGGUUAUAAUUUAUCGUACAUUUUUAUAUUUCUUUACUUUUUCAACUUAUUAUAGAGCUUUUGCCAGUGCAAUUUUUUUUUUGAAUAUUGUUUGUAAUAUACAAUCUAAAAAGUAGUAAACCAAAGUUUCAACAGUUUUGUUAAAAAAAAAAAUCAUACUUUUUGUGAACUUUUUUCAAUUUAAAAACAGUUUGGGUUGUAAUCAACGAAAAUAUAAAUCAUAUUCGAUUGGAUUAUAAGUUUUGGUUUUGUAAUAACCUAUAGGUUACAUUUACAUGGACUGAAGCUAGAAUCGUGUUCCAUGAAUGAACUUAGUUAGUUAGUUAUAAGUUAUUAAUUAUUACGGAUAGUACCGUAAACUGAAGUGCAUAUGGGGUUGGACUUGUGACUUUUGAUAAUAUUGUAGGGACGCAAGCCGGGUGUUUUUUGGAAUGUUUUCCGUGUUUAAAUUCAGUUUAGACUAGACUAGAACAUACAGUAAAGAAAUAAUUCACCCACUGAUUUUUUUGUAUCUAAUUUUUGCAAAUUCUUGUAAGUUGAUUGUCAUUUGGUUGAAAAUAUUCUCGGUCAUGAUAAAGUUUUAGAGUUUGUUAAUAAUGUAACUGAAUUUUGACUGAUGCUAGAAUAUAUUCCAAGUAUUAAUGUAUGAUAAAAAAACAAUAUAUUUAUUAAAACUAGGGACGAAACCUGCUAAAACCAUAGUGGUAUAUUACAAGAACUAUUUGUUACUCAAUUAAUUAUUUGUCUCUAUUCAAUAACAACGGAAAAAGUAAUUACACAUUAAAAUCAAAUGAAAACUUAGUAUCAAAUUAAUUUAUUAGAAGAAGCUAUUGAUUAUAGGAUGUAUGUAUCGUUGAACGGUGUUGGAACUGCACCCACUGAUCCUCAACCCGCUGUUUUAGCAUUUUUAAUUAAAAAAGAAAGGCGCUAUCGAGAACCUGAGUUGGCUAUAAGCAUUAUGGGGAGGAUGUUAGUAGCUUACUCGUGGCCCUCCCUGCAUGAGUCUGGUUGUGGUCCUAAGAAUCUCAAUACAGAGGUAACCAAUGCCAACACCAUGGCGCUGUACUUGCCUUCACAGCAUCCGAGAAUACUGAGAACUAUUAAAUAA